AUGCUCCGGCGCACCCUCCGACUUCCCAGCGGCUCCGGCACGGCUUGGGCAGCCCGGCGCUUUGCGGCCCCAGGCGGUGGCGAGGAGACGCCCUCUUCGAAUGCUUCGAAGUGGCUUCGCCGGAAAGUGAGGCGAACGAAGCUGGCCCUGUCGGAAUUCCAGGAGUCGGCCAAAGAGCGUUCCCUGCACUUUUCGGCGGCAUGGAGGCAGCGCCUAAGAGCACUGCGAGCCCUGAGGACACUGCCCGCGUCGGACUUGAUGGACCUGCUCUGGUCCAGAUGGACUCAAGCCAACCGACAGUUCGACGAUCGCUUCAACGCCUGGUUUGACAGGAGCGUGGCCGCCGCGACCAGCGCGGCGCGGCAGGUGCGUGACGGCAGUGCCCAGGAGCUCUGGCACAAGAGCCAGCUGAGGCUGCGGCUUCUGCGCUGGCGGGAAAGCCUGGUACAGGGCUCUGGGCCUGCAAAAGAAGGCCAGGGCCAAGAGCAGGGCGCCGUGCCGCAGGCAUCCGCGAGGCCUGUGGACACCGGUGUUCUGGUUCUGCUGGGCGCAGGGGCUGGUUGCGCUGGCCACGGCUUAGUCGGCCCCACCCUGGCCCUCUCUGCCUGGGCAGCACUACGGGUGGGCCGGCGCUUCGUCGUGCAAUGCCUCGACGCCGAGGACGCGAAUCGGCUCUUCAGGUAUGCGCCGGCCAGCCUGCAGUGCAGGAAGGGUGAACUCUUUGCGCGAAUGCACCACGAGCUCCAUGUCAUGCGUCGGAUUCGUGCGGGCGACGUGCGCUACAUGGGACGACCCGGGGAUGUCGCCUGGGAGGCCGCCCUGGACCCUCGAAACGACCACACACCGGCCUCCCUCUUCGACCUGGCGAUGCAGUCGGUGGCAGCGCACUCGCGGGUCCGCGAGUGGGUGGGCGAGACGGUGCGGGCCGUCGCGGAGCCGGACAAGGUGGUGUACCGCAUGCACGAAGGCAUUACAGAGGUCUACCUGGGCUGGAACGUCAGAGGACAGCUGGGCGAGGCCGAAGUUCAGGUGAAGGCUUCAGGCAGCGUCGUGGACUUCAUCUACAUCUUCCCCCAAGGCCGUGACCACUAUGGACUGCAGCCUGACGGCUUCGUGAUCCGCCCCAACGGAGACUCGUGGUCUCAGAAUACCAGCGACCUGCCCAGGUUCCACAAGCAACCGUUCGGGAAGCACGGCGGGAAGCUCUACCUCAACCGCGAGGGCAUCUUCGACUUCGACUAUGAGGUCGGCGAGUUCCGCUCCGGUUACGAAGGGGAGAACCAUCCACGGGCGCGGGCGUACAGGCGCUGGUUCAACUCUGAGUCAUAA